CACCCCACGACGAACGCGUGACGUCACGCGCAGUCGGGAGGCGGCGGCGAGGAACAUGGCGCUGAACAGGAAUCACUCGCAGAACGGCGGCGUCAUCAUCAAUAACGGCGAGAGCUUUUUAAAGGAGUGCAAAGAUGUGGAGCUGUCAUUCAGUGACCUGGCUGUGAAGUCUGAAUACUUUAAAGGGACCAAGAAGGGAACUCUGUAUUUGACCCCAUACAGGAUGAUCUUUCUGUCAAAAGGAAAGGACCCAAUGCAGUCAUUCAUGAUGCCCUUCUACCUUGUCAAAGGAUGUUCCAUCGAGCAGCCAGUUUUCUCAGCUAAUUACAUAAAGGGAACCGUUCGUGCUGAGCCUGGAGGUGGCUGGGAAGGACAAGCUUCAUUUAAAUUGGUUUUUAACAGUGGUGGAGCCAUUGAUUUUGGUCAGUUGAUGUUCAAAGUGGCUCAACAGGCUUCUAGGGGAACUCCUGUGCAGAACAAUGCUUACGGAUAUGAACCAGUGGGUGUUAUGAGUUUUGGAUUUGCGCCAGCAAAUGGCCCCUAUGCGGCAAAUGGCCCCUAUGCAGCGAAUGGCCCCUAUGCAGCGAAUGGCCCCUAUGCAGGGAAUGGUCCAUAUGCAUAUCAGCCUCCUCCUUUGAAUGGAGGUUAUGGACCACCACCAACAUCAGUGGGAUACCUUUACGGAAUGCCUCCACCACAGUCAGGUGGCCAUCCAUCCGCUCCUGCAAUGGACAUGUACAUGCCUCCCCCACCUCCAUACCCUGGACCUCCACCGGCCAAUGUUGUUGAACAUGGAUUGCCUGGUGGAGCUAAAGCAGCAGAAGCAGCUUCUAGCGCUUACUAUAACCCAUGCAAUCCUCACAGUGUCUACAUGCCAAUGGAUCAGCCCCCACCAUAUACCCCAGCAGAUGAGAAGAAGAACAACUGAACCUGUUUGAAGUUCUGAUUCUUCCAAUUGUUUGUGAAUUAUUUACUUUCUUUUAAAAAAAGUGUGUUGUUAGAAGCUGCAUUUUUAUUAGACCUGAGCCAGUCCAUAAUCUCUUUCCACCUUGUGUCCUCCAGCUAAGGAAAUGAGUCUUGGACUGCAGGCAUCUUAUGGUGGUGUCCUUGCACAGAUGGUCUGUGAGGUGGCCAUUACAUAACACCAUUGUACACCUUCUCUUUCCUACUCCUUGUUGUCUCUUUUCUACUUUCCUUGCCUUUCAGAAUCUGCCUCCAAACCUCAUUGACCUCCAUACAUUUUCGCCAUAGAAAGCAAGUGUUGAAAAAAAAAUUUGACCAAACUUCUCUGGCGUUUCCACUUGAGCCAUGCCUGCCUACACCCUACAGGAUCCAUUCCAUCAGGAAUUCCAGACCAACCUGGGGGUGACAACAUUAGCCUAAUAAGACCAAUCCCACUUUUGAAACAUUGCCCAGGUGCUGCAACUGUUUAAACUCUGAAGGCAGUGAGUGUUAAUGAAUAACAUCCUUUAAUGCAAAAAUGCUCUUGUAAAUAUAUUCAAAAAAUACCAGAAAAGUAUCAAAUUAUUGAAAUUAUUUUGUCUAAUGCUAACACAAAUGUUCCUACAAAAUCACAAUGCUAGUUUAAGUGAAGCCUUUGAAACUAGAUUAAUAUCACAGUGAUCCUCAUUGGCCAGUAUUCGCACAGUAGGCUUUAGGAUUUUGGGAUAUAAAACUUUUGAAGUAUCAAAAUUCUUUAUUUAAAUUUCUGUAUAUCAAAUAAAAGAUUUCAUGUAGCAGAAAUGAAAUUGUACCAACGUUACUUGGAACUUUACCAAGAAAUAUUUUGACAGGUUGGCAGGAGGGGGAUUGAAGAAGUUAUUCUGUAGUAUUUGUGCGAGCUACUUCGCUGAAGUUUUAUGAUCAUUUCUUAUAGAGAAAGAUAAAAUCAGAUUCACUUGUUUCUAAACUUCAAAUUUGCAGUAGCUUUGGUCCUAUAUGGUAAAUUUUACAUUUUAACACUCACCUGACAAUUUGAAAUACUAUAGAUAAAGGAUGUGAAACUGGUGUGGUCGGGUGCAGUGCUGACUGAAUUAUGGGCUUAAAGAAUGUACUUGAAGUGAACAUACUUUUAAUCCAAUGCCUUUUCCUGUUCAUCACCUUGUAUUGUCCCCACCAUAAUUGAUGUCUGACCAAUCAUGUUUUACCCAUUUUGUUGAAUGGGUCUAAAGGGAGCACUUAAACACACACAGGAUUGGAAAAACACAAUCCAUAACUUCACUGCUUAUGUUCAAUUUCCUUCCUUGCUGGAACCAAUGUGCAGAAGAUCCAUCAUCGCUUGGCUGGGUCUUGACUUUAUUUAUGAAACCUUUUGCCCUUCAGUAAUACUGCUUGCUUAAUUGUUUUGUCAGAUUAUUUCUAAGAACGAUGUACAGUGUUUGGGUUGGUUAGUUCUGGAAGAAUUCUGUAACUUGUUAGUGGGUAGAAAUAGCAUUUGGCCAUUUUGAGAGAAUUAACCCCAAAUUUUUUGGAGACCUGUGUCUUUCAACCAACCCACAAUAUUAUGUGUUAGGAAGGAGAAUAACUGCGUACUUACUAAUAUCUCUGUCCCUCAGUGGUCUUAUGACUGGAGCUUAACAGAUACAGAUCAAGACAACCAGGGCACAGACAUAAUGUGAAGCAUUCUAGAAAAUUGCAUUGAAUAGAUUAAAAGUUCACCAGCUAAAUCUGGUACGAGGAAAAUGGAGUUGCCUCCCUUUUAUUUCAUUACACAGCAGAGUAGGUAAGAUGGAGUGUAAUUUUUCAUCAGUUACAGCCUUGUGAUUAUUUUCUCAAUGGAGGAGACUUUGCUGGAAACACUACAAAUUUUCAGGAACUAGUCUCUUCGAAAUAACAAUGUGACCCCAGUAAGGUGCUUCACAAGUGGCCACAUCUCAGGGCUGCUUGACUCUUGUUUCCUUUGCCUCUGUUCAGGAGCGGAUUUCAACACUCAUUGUACGUUGUUUAACAUUAAGGUCUCCAGCCAAAAUGAUAAACUUUGCUUGUCCAGGUUGUAAUCGAAGUCAACUACAUACCAAUCCUGAGAAUGGUUCAUUGAAAUUGGCAGCAAUCAUAUGGUUAUCCCAGAGGUUUAAUCAGUUUGGACUACUCUCUCAUUUCCCUGUCAACAGUUCAAAUCCACUCGGAGUAGCUCAGUAACCAGCUGCCACCUUGGCUUGCAAUUGUGUGUGUAGGAGUGAAGGAACACAAGGAGGGAGACCACCUGUGAAAUAGAUGGAAGAUGAGGACUGAACUCAGCUAAUUAAUUAUAGUAUAUUUUCCAGAGCAAAAUGGUUAAGGAAAAUUAAUUUUAACUAUUGAUUCUCCACUGCUGUAGACCUUUGUACCAUUAACCAUGCAUGUGGUAACUGUGGGGGUAAAGCUAGAGGCUUUUUGCUUUGCUCCACUGAGCUACAAGUAGUGCCUGAAGCAGUGACCCUUCACAGUAGCAUGUUCUUGCACCCAAUUUUUUUAUAUAUACACUAAAAGGAAAUAACUUAAUAUCUUGACUUUUUUCAAUUAAAAAUUGAUAUUUGUAUCUUCUGAUGGAUAAAAUGACUGAACCAAGUAUGAAUGUACUGGUGUCACUCUGGGGAAGGGUAAUGUUUUUGGUCCAUAGUGUACAUUCUAAUUUUAUUAUCAUUCUGAGAAUAAAGAAAAUGGGCCUAAAAUUAAUAAGCAAAUGGGGUUGUUUGAGAACUUCAGUUUGAUUGUUGCUAAACUUGAUUGCUGCAAAACAUUGGAUAUAGAGCUAAAUCAUAGUUAAGUGUUGUAAUUCUGAUAGUUAACAGUUUGUUUUUGGCAAAGAGCUAAGAAGGAACAGAAUUAAUGUAAUGGCUUUUUUAAAAUCAGACUGAAUAGAUCCAUUUUUAGUAGCGAUGAGACGUCCUGGUGUAUUAAUGAGUUCUUAGUUUAAAAAACAUUAUUAGUCUUCCACCUAAAACCAGCUCAGUAGCUUCUUUGAUUAAUAAUAGUAUAGACUGCACCAGUAAUUUAAGCACUCUUGGCUGGAGAACUAUUUAAGACACUUCCAUGGAUAGAAUGAGUCCUUUUGCAGACUCCCAUUGGACAAGACAAUGAAUGAAGAUGCACACUUUUUCUCUAGAACUUGGGAAAGGAUUCUGCUGUGAACUGGGUUUUCAACUGUUGGAUGUUAACAGGGUAAAGUAGGCAUUUAGCAUGGCUCAAUUAAUUCAUCGAUUUAUGGAUCUUAAAUGAGACCAAGACCAUUAAAGGAGUUGUUAGUUUAAAAAGAUCUGUCUUUAUACAUAGUUUCUGAAAAGGAAGAGUUCACUGCUUUCCUUGCAUGUUUUGCAAGUAACACUGUAACAGGAAAUUUGCACGAUGAAGCUGCUGCACCUUGUGUCCUGUUUGCACUGGUUUCAGAGUUUAGCUGGUUGGCGUUACCAUAGUGAGGUCACAUUAUUGUCAACCUGAGACUCAAGAUAAAAGAGAAAACCAGCACUGCAGAACACAAGACCCUCUGUUCUGCCAGAGACACUCUGAGACCAACAACUGUGUUAACGGGACUUUCUGGGGGAUUGUUUAAAAAUUGUCAGAACCCUAAUGUAUUUAAACAAAACAACCUGCCUUUAAGUAGGGGGAAAUUCCAGCAGCUCUUCAGACUUCCUACAAAUUAUUUGCUUCCAAUAAUCAGUUUCUCCCAAAUUGCAGCUGUAUCCACAAUAUUUUUGAGUGCAGGUACACAGACGAGGUUAUGGAAAACCAACUUUUAAAACAAUGACAAUUUUUAGCAUGCCCCUUCAUUUAAAAGAAGUAAUUGUUUAGAAAUGUUAAUGGUGUGUAAAAUAUAAUGUAAAAUAGUGAAUGAUAUUGUAGGAAAGGAAAAAUAUUCUAGAAAUUUCAAUUGUAGUUAAUAAGAGUAAAAACUUUCUGGAAUACUUGGGUAUUCUCCACUUUCUUUGUAUUACUUGAAAUACAGAAUUUCUGUGAAUUGUCGAUUUGGUAGGAAGUUCUUUGAUUAUUUUCUCAGUGCUGAUUUUUAUCUAAGUUGGCUAGUUUUUUUGACUUGAUCUUUGUUUUUGACCAUGUACUGAUCAAUGCAGAAAAAUGGACAAGUAUUAGUCAAAGUAACUUAGAAUGAAAAUACCACGGAGUAUAUACCCAUCCGAAUCAAGUGCAUGUUGAGAUGCCGCAAACCAAAAUGUGACAGCUUUAAAGCAAUCUGCUUAAAUUGGGGAAAGGUGGCCAAUGUAAUAAAAUUCGAGGGGAAUAACAAUGCAUUGCUCUUUAUUUAAUCUGUACUUUUGUAUUAACUGGAGAAUUGAGUGACCUGCUAGAUUUAUAAAAAUGAAUGUGUUUACUCAUUGUGUACAAUCUUGUAUGUAUGCUUCAAUAAAGCUUUACAACUUGUUAAUAAAUGCUUUCAUAAGCAAAUAAAAACAUUUGUGCAACA